AUGAAAUAUGCAAGUCUAACACAGCUAGUCAAGCGCCACCAGCCGCCAUCUCCUUUAUGCGGCAUCUCGCCACUUCAACAAGUAGCUCCUGCCCCGAACCAAGCGACAACUUCCUCCCUCGACCAGUCGAUUGUCACCCCUCCGUUACGCAACAGGCGAAGACGAGAAAGGCUCCCUUUCAUCGACGAUGAGGCGAAGAAGUCUGCUCUUGAUGAUUGGACGGCCAAAUUACGGUCCUUCCCUACUGCCAACCCUGGAGGAAGUCGCCACCCUAGGACCUAUACCCUCAUCGGCCGCGGGAACUUGAUACCUUCGCCACAACGAGGUACCCUCUCCAGACCGGCUGCAGCUUCUCAAGGGAAAUUCACCCGGAGGGAACGUCGGCUACCAACUCCGCUUGCACCUACGCAAGCCGAACGACCACAGCCAGAGGGGAAAAGGGACCGAGACUAUCCUUACGCCCGCGUCAGGGCCAUCCGAGAGGGCAUGCGAGGUAGCAGAAUGUCAACAUCUAGUCAAGCUAAACGACCACGACAAGAGGAGCCAAGUGACCGAAUCGAUCCUUACGCGCGCGUCAGGGCCAUCCGAGAUCGCUUGCCAGGCAGCAGAAUGUCAACAUCUAGCCAAGCCAAAAGACCACGGCAAGAGGAGCCAAGUGACCGAAUCGAUCCUUACGCGCGCGUCAGGGCCAUGCGAGAUCGCUUGCCAGGUAGCAGAAUGUCAACAUCUAGCCAAGCCAGACGACCCCGGCCAGAGAAGCCAAGUGACCCAAUCGAUGACCGAAUUGAUCCUUACGCCCGCGUCAGGGCCAUCCGAGAGGGCAUGCGCGGUAGCAGAAUGACAACAUCUAGCCAAGCCAGAAGACCCCGGCCAGAGAAGCCAAGUGACCCAAUCGAUGACCGAAUCGAUCCUUACGCCCGCGUCAGGGCCAUUCGGGAUGGAAUGCGAGGAAGCAGAAAGUCAACAAAAAGAAAUUGA